AUGAACAAUUCCUUUAAUGCCCAUGGAUCUCUUUUAGAUCUUGUGUUUACCUCAAACAAAUUUCUCAUAGUCAAUAAAUCACUCGAACCGACUGUUCCUACCGAUUCAUAUCACCCUGCACUUUGCAUAUCUCUGUCCAAUAGUUCUAGUAGUAUACCAUGUGACCGUAGCCAAUCAUUUUUUAAUUUUAAUAAAGCAGAUUAUUUAAAAAUCAGUUCUUUCUUGGGAUCUUUUGACUGGUAUUCUACCUUUCAUCCUCUUGAUAUUGAUUCGGCGUUCAACACUUUUUACGACGCUCUGCACCAAUCUAUACUUGAUUUUGUCCCUAAGUGUACAUUCCGCAAAUCGACAUAUCCACCUUGGUAUUCCCAUGAAUUGACACAAAUUGUUGCGUUAAAGAAAACGGCCCACGUAAGAUUCAAGUCAUCUCUAAGCAGUCAUGAUUACAAAGAAUUCUCCUUUCUCCGUGCUAAAUUCAAAUACCUUUCAAAAAAAUGUUUUCUCGACUAUGCCAAACAAGCAGAUUACUCCUUAAAAAGUAACCCAAAAAAAUCCUGGCAAUUCAUGAACAAUAGUAGAUCCAAUCACAAGGAUAUCCCUAAAGUUGUUUCUCUUAAUGGCACAUCCUCCUGUAACGAGCACGAGUCAGCUGAGAUGUUUUCUUCCUACUUUUCCUCAGUUUAUUCUUCCAAGGUGAUUCCAUGUGACUUUGAAAGUCCAGACAUUUACUCUUUUGACCUGCCAAACAACGUCUCUUUAACCUUAGAUGAUGUCUACCAAAAAUUAUCUGAACUACAUUGUAACAAAUCUGUCGGUCCGGAUGGCCUACCUGGUGUAUUUCUUUACAAGCUGAAAUCCAUUAUAUCUUACCCCCUUUGGAUUCUUCUUAGGCGAUCACUUGAUGAAGGCAUCUUUCCACACAUUCUUAAACUGGGAUCUAUAACGCCAAUUCUGAAGUCCGGAUGCCCAACUGAUGUCUCCAACUAUAGACCCAUCUCAAUUUUAUUGCAUAUUGCCAAAAUGUUUGAGUCAUUGGUCCAAAAGGAUAUUCUUAGAUCAUUCAAUAAUAUUAUUAUGGAAGAGCAACAUGGUUUCCGCCCUGGUCGUUCUACUAUCACUAACAGCCUAAUUUUUCAUAAUUAUUGUUUCAACGCCUUCCAACAUCAUUCACAGGUGGACGUUAUUUACACGGAUUUUAAUAAGGCCUUUGAUACCGUGAACCAUGCUGUCUUAGUGAAAAUUCUAAAAGAUUGUGGCACUGGUGAGCCGCUAUUGUCUUGGCUUAAAUCCUACCUAGAUAACAGAUACCAAUGGGUUAAACUACCCAAUGUUAAAUCUAAUGUGUUCUUUACCCCCUCCGGUGUUCCCCAAGGUGGACACCUGUCCCCUUUGCUCUUUUCCAUCUUCAUCAACAGCCUUAGCAAAACAAUAAAACACUGUCAAGUUUUAUGUUUCGCGGACGACAUCAAGCUUUUUAUGAAAAUAAACUGCAUUGAAGACAGUCUUAAUCUACAAAGUGAUUUAGAUAGAUUUGUUGCUCUUUUUGAUAAAUUAGGUUUGUCACUGAACCUAGGUAAGUGUAAAGCCAUGACGUUUACUAGAACCCGCUCUCCAUUAACGUUCUCCUAUCAUAUCAAUGAUUCAAUAAUUUCUCGCUGUGAUGGAUUUACGAUGGAUCUUGGGUUCAAACUCUCCAGUAACCUUGACCCGGGCCUUCAUAUUGAAAUGGCUUGUUGCAAAGCUCUAAGAAUGUUGGGUAUAAUAAUGAGAUUGUCAAAGGACCUUAACCUAACUUCGUCAUUGAAAGUUUUAUACUGUUCGUUAGUCCGGCCAAUUAUUGAAUAUGGUGCCAUUGUUUGGAAUCCCCAUACUGCCGACAAUGCUUGCCAGGUCGAAAGGGUACAGCGCAGGUUCUUGCGAUUUACAAGCUUCCUGUUAGGCAUCAAAUCUCCACCUCAUGAUUAUUCCCCAGUUGCUAUUCAGCUUAAUCUAGCCUCGCUGGCAGAGCGCAGGCGCAUUAUGGGUAGCAAGUUCUUGAAUGGACUGUUAGAUGGUAGUGUUGAUUCUCCAACUUUACUAUCCUUAAUUAAUUUUAAAGUACCCCAACGCUCCACCCGCUCCAUUACUCCAUUUCAUGUCCCUUUUUGUUCCACCAACUACUUACUAAAUGAGCCUUUAAGGCGUAUGAUGCAUAAUGCCAAUCUGGACCCCACUUUCUCUUUUAAUUAG